CAGUCUUCAACUUCAAACUUUUGUCUCAUCAUGGCAAGAAUAAUUAUUCAGAAUUAAUCACAAUUAUAAAAUAAAUUAUACUAGAGGUGCAUUAUGCCCAUCAGUUUGUUCGGUCGUAGUGUGAAUGACUCGAGGUGAGGUGAGAUUACAUAGUUUAUAUAGUUUAGAAUUAGCGUAUUUUGUCAUCCCUAUUUUCUCCAGUAUAUAGUCGUCAGUGAAUCAUCACAUUAAAUGACUAACCAGUGAAAUUAGCUUAAUAAUCCACCCAUCCAAAUACUGUCUUACGGCUGCUGGAUUUUGAAAGUUUCUAACACUAUUAAUUCAACGAGUGAGUGAAAGCAGUUGUAAUAUAGCGGACUGGUACUUUCUCCACCGAACUUUUGUCUUCAUUUCGUGAGUUGAAAUAGUUGGUAGGAUGUGGUGAAAGUAGCGUAUAUAUUUUAAUAUUCAUUACCCAUUUCGCUAUAAAUUAUAUAUUACGCAUACAUACACGUUGUGCUGGUUGGGCCACGUAUUUAUAAAUUUUCACAGAAGAAAGGCAUAAUACAUGCCUUCCAUGGUCAAGUUUGCCUUGCAACAAAGCCAGCAACAUUGUGGUUUCAUGGGGGAAAGAAAUCGAUACCUCUGAGACUCGGUUUUUGUUGUUGACAUCCGUCCCACUCGGCCUACGCUGACCUUGGUCCUUGGUUGCGUGAUCCGAAGCCUUUAUUUUUAUCGCUCUCUCUCUCUCCUUCCUGUUGCCUCCCUGCCUGGAACAAUUCUGCGUCCCUCCCUCCGCCCUCAUUUAAUAUGUGUCGUGCAGAAUGAACAAAGUCCAGCAACAGCUGCAGUGAUUAUUGAUACUUGUCGUUCUUUGUGACUUCUUGGGUCACUUCGAAAGCAAUUUCCAUCCGAGCGAGGUUGGGAUAUGGACGUGAAUAUACCCAACAACAUGGAGCCUGCUUCAACAAUGGAGAUGCUACUUUCUCUAAUUUCUGGGAUUGCCUCUCUUGCUAUGAUCUUCGGUGGGGUUGUGCCAUACAUUCCGCAGUACAAUGAGAUCCGCAGGUCCGGAAAUGCGGAAGGAUUUUCUCUUUACGUCUGCCUCGCCCUUCUCAGCGCAAACAUUCUCAGAAUUCUUUUCUGGUUCGGGAAGCCAUUUGAGUCGCCCCUUCUCAUUCAAAGUGUUCUAAUGAACAUUGCGAUGAUGUGUAUGAUCAAACUAUGCAUUCAGGUGAAAGCAAAAUCAGACAUUAUCAAGAAGAAGGAUAAAACACUGCGAGGAUCUGAAUCUGAAUCUGACGAGAAAGCACUUCUCCCAAGACGUAAUUUCUGGGACUUUGACAAGGAUUAUUUUUGGGACUGGACGGACUUCCAAUCCUAUAUCGAGUGCACCCUCUGCUUUAGCAUUGCCGGAGGUAUGCUGAUGUACAUGUUUGCCAACAACAUUUUGUUUGUGGAGACUGUUGGAUUUCUGGCUGUAUUUGUGGAAGCAUGUCUUGGCGUCCCUCAAUUCAUGAAGAACUACAAAAAUGGAUCUACUCGUGGCAUGAACUUGACGAUGGUUCUCAUGUGGUUGUGCGGAGAUGUAUUCAAAACAACCUACUUUGUCCUACGAGCGGCUCCAGUCCAAUUUACCAUUUGUGGUUGUCUACAGAUCGGGGUGGAUUUAGCCAUUUUGUCGCAAGUGUGGGUGUACAGCAGUGGCUAUGGUUCUCCUCCUCCAAGAGUUCAUGUUCAUUCUUAAGUGAAAUAUUCUGCAUCCAAUAACAAAUCUCUAAGCGACCUGUUAUCUGGGCAUGCACAUAGUGUUGAAAUUGUACUAAUUCACGCAAUUUAAUUAGUGAUUAAUGAUAGUGAUCCUGCCUGCCAUAUUGAAUCACUCAACUUAAACAUAUGACAUUCCUUUUGGUUCCCUUCCACAACUUGGAUAAAUAUUAAGUAAUAUUUUAAUGAUUGACGAGAAAAUGACAACGAAACUUAAACAUUAUCACUUAAAUAUCUACCUACCUAUAUACUUUUGCCAAACUUAUGGGCUUGUACAUUAAAUAUAAUUUAUUUUGACUCUACAGCAAUGCAAUAAAAAAUAUUAAGUCAUUCACCUUCUAAAUGUAUACACAUGUAUGCUAUCUAGAAUUAAUGUUACUGAUCUAAACUGUAUAAUCAACAUAUUACAACUUACUUUACAUAUUAAUAAUGAGCUUUACUUGUGUUUUCGGUAAAUAUCAGUUGUGGUCUGUGAUAAUAACAUUGUAUCAAACAGUUACUUAAGUAUUAAUUACCAUGUUUUUUUUUAUAUGUAUAAUACAUCUGUUAGUCUUAUUUUAAUUUACUAGUUUAUCCAGUCAAGUAAUUAUUUAUGCAUGGACUAUUUGUUGUUCAUUUGACUGAUCUCUGCAUUGAGCUCACUUAAUUGCAUGCAGAAUUUUACAUAGUUACCAAGGAUUUUGCACGUACGGCAUUUCUGUAAUUUAUUAUAUUCCGUGCCUCUUUGACUUUUUAAAGUAAAAUAAAUGAUCAAGUAAUUAUGCGCAAAAUAUA